AUCUUGAUCUCAAACUUGCAACAACUCCUUAUAGAUCCGGUUAGAAUGGAUGUACUUAAUAGAAGCCAUGAACCUUCAUUGUCAUUUGAACAAUAAAGGGUAAAGUGGGAAUUUUAAAAUUUACAGCGCGGUGCAAAAGGAAAUACCCCUCAAAGAUUCCCCAAGAUCAAACUUUUCCGGUCUCUGAACAAACACAUGCCGCCAUACGCCGCUUAAGGCUCACCGUUCGAGGACGAGGAUGUUGUGUGCACCGUUGCACCUCACUCUUCAGAAACCCUCGUCACCAUGUCAAGAUUUCUUGCUUGUCGAAAUGUUAGACGGUUUACACGUGCUAUUCACAAGACAACCUGCUUCGAAGUGUUUCAUCCAAUGGGGUCCCCUUACUCGAAAUACAAUUUUUUCUCGCACUAUAGACAUGUUCACUCAAGACAAUCUGUUUUCGUGUUAUUUAAAUCGAAGGUUAACUUUUUUAUGAGUAGCAAGGCAAGGAACUAUUAUACCCUCCCCGCAAAUAAUGCAAAAUACCAUCAUUGUCAAGUUGUUUGGAACAGGAUGUGUUUCCAUCAAGGGCCAGCUCUGCCACCAAUAGGUCAAAUUGCCCGGGCGAUAAGUUUGGCUAUGGUCAAAUCAAAUUUUGUUGUUCAUGGUGUGAUUGCCUUCAUAAUAGGAGAGCUUGCUUGGACACAAGGAAAAUGGGCAGAAGCAGAAUUCUUUCCACCAAGAGAUUUGUUUUAUGUGCAUGCGCAAGAUGGACGUGUAUAUUUAACCACAGCUCUCUUUGCGGCCAUUGAGGUUUUCAUCUUGUUUCUCAGAGCUGUCUAUUUGGUGAUUUUGUUCUCACCUUGCAUAGCUACGGCUCCUUUUGUUGACUCUUUUGGCACUCAGUUUAGAAAAACAUGGAUUCAUGUUGUUCGUGUUACACUUGAAAAAGCUGGGCCCGCAUUCAUCAAGUGGGGUCAAUGGGCUGCAACCAGACCUGACCUCUUUCCAAAGGAUCUCUGUGAUGAACUUGCAGAAUUUCAAACGAAAGCACCGUCACAUAAAUUUAGCUAUAGCAGAAAAUGUAUUGAAAAUGCAUUUGGCCGCAAAUUAUAUCAAAUAUUUGAAAAGUUUGAGGAGGAACCAGUAGCUUCAGGUAGCAUUGCUCAAGUUCAUCGAGCUACACUAAGAUACAAAUUCCCUGGUCAGCAAAUCAAGCCUGUUGAUGUAGCAGUGAAGGUCCGACAUCCAGGGGUUUCUGAAGCAAUUAGGAGGGAUUUUGUCCUUAUUAAUCUUGUUGCCAAAAUUUCGUCUUUUGUACCAAAUUUAAAGUGUCUGAGAUUAGACGAAAGCAUACAGCAAUUUGCUGUCUUUAUGAUGUCUCAAGUUGAUCUUUCAAGGGAAGCCGUUCAUCUUAGUCGGUUUAUCUAUAAUUUCCGGAGAUGGAAAGAUGUUUCAUUCCCAUUGCCUCUGUAUCCCCUCGUACACCCUUCUGUUUUGGUUGAAACCUUUGAACAGGGUGAAAGUGUUUUGAACUACGUUGACCGUCUUGAAGGACACGAACAUUUCAAAAGUGCCCUUGCUCAUAUUGGUACACAUGCUCUUUUGAAGAUGCUUUUGAUGGAUAAUUUUAUCCAUGCAGACAUGCAUCCUGGAAAUAUUCUUGUCCGAGAAGGACACAGUAAAUUGUCACCUAUAUCACUCUUGAAGUCAAGACCUCAUGUAAUUUUCCUUGAUGUGGGCAUGAUUACUGAACUUUCAAAGAGGGAAAGAGAAUAUUUACUGGAAUUCUUUAAGGCUGUUGCACUCCAAGAUGGACGUGCAGCUGCAGAGUGCACACUUAGAUUAUCCAAACAACAAAAUUGCCCAGACCCAAAAUCUUUUGUUGAGGAGGUGGAUAGAUCAUUUAAACUUUGGAGGUCUCCGGAAGGUGAAUCUAUCCGCACAGCUGAUCGCAUGGAACAAUUGCUUGAGCAUGUUAGACGCUGUAAAGUUAAUAUAGAUGGAAAUGUUUGUGCUGUGAUAGUGACCACAUUGGUUCUGGAGGGUUGGCAGCGAAGACUUGAUCCAGAAUAUGAUGUGCUGAAUGCUUUGCAAACACUCUUAUUUAAAGCUGACUUGGCAGAGUCUCUAUCCAAUGCAAUUGAGGGAUUGGUGGCUCCGUGAGUCAAAGGUGUUAAUGCUGAAUUGCUUAGCUACAGCUGAUGAUCCUCCAAUUUUUCAAAGGUUUUUUUUUUGUUAUUAUUAUUAUAUCUGAUUCUGAUGUAACUCAAAUGAAAUAAAAUCACAAUCAAAUUCAAACCGAAGAUAAAACUCAAAAUUGUCUAACUGUAUGCAAUCAAAAGAGCAGUACAGCUGUGAAAAAAAAAGGAGAUUUGGAUAAAUUAAAUAAAAUCAGAAUCCAAAUCAAACCAUGGAUAAAACUCAAUAGUGUAACUGGUUUCAAUCAAUUAGCAAAUUGGUUUGUUUUCCAAUUAUAAAAGGUU